AUGGAAGAGACAAUCACAAAUAACAAUAAGUUGAAACAAUAUAGACAAGACUUAACUAAUGAAGAUAAAUUAUUAUAUAAGCAAAUUAAGGAAAUUGAUAACUUAUCAGCUAAUAAUCAGCAUGAAUCAGGGGAGCUCAAAUAUGAAACACACAAAAAAGCUACUGCUAAAUCUCAAAAUCUUUCUAAGUUAUUGAAUACAGAAAAUACAGUGCAAGCUAGUACGCAAGAUAGUGGAAAUUUUAUUGAUAUAAAUCUUGAAAUUUAA